AUGGCUACUGAGAAUACCCUGAAUGCACUAGAAGAGAUGUUAAAUAAUAUAUCGGAAAAAAUAAUUGAGACUGAAAUUAUCUUGGAACAGGAGAAAAAUAAAUAUAAAGAGCAAAAGGCAAAUAUACAGAUGAUGAAAGAGGCUGUUUUUUCAAACUAUAGUCGAAUGUAUGAAUUUUUGAGGAGAGAAGAAGAGCAGCACCUAUCUAGACUGGAUAAGAAAGAACAAAAGAACUUGUCAAAAUUUAAGGAGAAUGAGUGGAAGCUGUCUGAACAAGUUCAAGACCUACAAAUGAUGGCCAUAAAACUAGACAUUGAUAAAGUUGAGAAACUAGAUUUUAACACGAUCCAGGAUGCAAAAGACAUAUUGAAUAAGAGUGAAGCUCUAUUACUUCAGUAUCCCAAACCUAAUUUACCCAAAUGGACAAUGUGCCACAUCACUGGCCUGAGGGAAAUGAUGAUGACCUUCCAGAGGGGCAUAAAGCUGGAUCCUGAAACGGUCAAUCCCCAUCUCAUUGUGUCUUCUGAACUGAAGAGCGUAAAGCACUCUUUGGUCCCCCAGGAUGUACCUGACAACCCGGAGAGAUUUGACUUUUCUGCCACUGUGUUGAGCAUUCAAAGUUUCACUUCAGGUAUACACUACUGGGAAGUGGAGACAGGAGACAUGAUCGAGUGGGAAGUGGGGAUCUGUAAAAGCUCUAUUAACAGGAAAGGGUACCCUCCAUUGAUACCUGGAGAAGUAAUUGGCCUGAAGGCCUUCAAAGAAAGAGAGAAAUUCUGCCUCUCAGUCACACACAUUGAGGAUAACUUUCAUAUAAAGAAACCCAUACAAAGGAUUGGUGUUUUCCUGGAUUACGAAAGUGGACAUAUAGCAUUUUACAAUGUUACAGAUGGAUUACUUAUCUAUAGCAUGUCAGCUAUUGCCUUCAAAGGACCCUUUAGGUCUUUCUUCUCUCCUUCCUUUCAAAAUAAAGGUUGCCCCUCCAGAUCUCUUGUCAUUUGCCCCAUGGAUAACCAACCAUUUCUUGGAAAUUCAUUUACUUAA